AUUAAAGCCGUAUUCUUGGGCGCCUCCAUCACCAACUUCUGGGGCGGGGAUGGCAAGCAAUUGUGGGACAGUUAUUAUGUGGGCAAAGGGGCGUCCAAUUACGGCAUUCCCGGCGACUCCACGUCUAACGUAUUGUGGAGAAUACAGAAUAAGGAAAUGGAUGGACUCAACCCUAAAGUGUUUGUGUUUUCUUGUGGCGCCGGAUACAAUAGUCUCCAUAAUCCGGAUCCUAAGGUGGACCCCAAGACACAGCCGAGUGGUCCGGAAGUGCUCCGAGGGUUAGAAGAGAUUAUCAAAGAGUUGCGGUCAAAGUUCACGGUCAGUAAGGUCAUAGUGAUCGGUCACACGCCAUACCACGACGAUGAUAGACGCAAAGAUGUGAGCGAAGUGUCCAAACAAAUCAAUGUCGAGCUCAAGAAGUUUGCCGACGAAAAGGAUGUGUUUUUCCUGGAUUUGACGCCACAUCUGGUGGACAGUAAGGGUCAGCAACUGCCCGGUCUGUUCAAAGAUGGUCUACACUUCACUCUCGAGGGCUAUAAAGUGUGGCAUCAGGUCAUGAAUCCGUUGUUUGAAAGGCUUAUGAAAUAAAUUCAAUGACA